ACGGUGAAGAGGGAGACAUCGGAUCCUUUCUCAAUUUCAGCUUUCCACACUCUACUGGUGGUUUCCUCUUCCCCCAGGCCUAGAGAGGCCUCAAAAGUUUGGACACCCCAGCAGUGUUUGGCUUGCGGUACCGGCGGGGCGGUGAGGAGGGAGACAUCCGGAUGACCCUGUCCUCCUUGGCUACGUGCUUCCUGUCUUCCGAGCAACAACACCCAGGCAAGCGCGAGUCCGCGAGAGUGAACAGGCGUUCCCUACCAGGGAGCAGGAGAAGGAGGAGUACCCGAGGCGUGGAGCGGCAACAACAACAACCACAACAACGACGCCGCCGGCUAGCGACUGGCCCUUCAAGCUACCUGUGGGCCCGCCGCCGCCGCAGAUGCUGCCGCCACCAACGCUGCCCCAGCUUCUGCCCCAGCUUCUGGUGCCCCUGCUCUUGCUGGAGACCCUACACGUCCAGUACCUGCUCCUGCUGGAGACCCUACACGUCCAGUACCUGCUCCUGCUGGAGACCCUGCACGCCCAGUACCUGCUGCUCCUGGUCCUUCUCCUGUUCCAGCCCUUGCUGCUCCAGUCACACCGCAGCAUGUAGCUGAUGUUCCGACAAGACUCCUGGCUCACUUCGACCUCCGUCUCGCCUUGCUUCAAACCCCUUCUGUCCGAUCAAGACCUGCCUUCCGUGGUCAAUAAUCGACGACAGGGAUAUCCUGAGCCAGUCUGGUAUGCACAGAGGCGCAUACUGCAAUGACUCCCUUGGGUUGUCCCUGGUGAGAUAGAGACGACAGAUGAGCUCGGCCACGCCCCUUCCUACUCACAUCACCACAUCCAGGCCUUGUUCUGGGUCGUGGUGGCAUGCAAGACCUUGGGCGCUCGCAGCUGGGUCCCCAGGCGCUUUCGGCGCUCUGGGAUCACCCUCCAGGGCUACACCAGCGGAAGAGGGCACGGAGAACAUUGCCCUUGCCCUCGCUAAGACAUCAUUGUCUGCCCCCCUCGAGAGAGCGGCCUCCGAAGAGUCUGAGUCGUCUGAGUACCAGCCACGCCGAGGACGCAAGUCUGGUUCUCAACUCGUGGUCCGGAAGCGCGCCGUCGGCACUCAGAGGACUCGUGUCCAGGCCAAACCCAGAGAGAAGCCGGCACGUCCUUCUCACGUCGUGGUGCUAGGAGCGCCGCCCCAGGCGGCCCUUGCGACAACAUAGGAGAAAAAUGGAAAUAUUACCUG